CCCGAGGGUGGCAAGGGGCGUGCGGCAGCUGACGCCCUCAACAGGCAGAUCCGCGAGGAGGUGGCGAGUGCCGUGGGCAGCUCCUACAGGAAUGAAUUCAGAGCAUGGACGGACAUCAAGCCUGUGAAACCAAUAAAAGCGAAGCUCCAGUACAAGCCCCCAGAUGAUAAGAUGGCUCACGAGACCAGCUACAGUGCCCAGUUCAAAGGGGAAGCCAACAAGCCAACACCAGCUGACAAUAAGUUCAUUGAGCGCAGAAGAAUACGCAGCCUCUACAGCGAACCUUUCAAGGAAUGCCCAAGGGUGGAAAAACCUAGUGUUCAGAGUUCCAAACCAAAAAAGACCUCAGCGAGCCACAAGGCCCCGAGGAAGGCCAAAGACAAGCAGGUGGUGUCGGGCCGGGCCUUCAAGAAAAAGAGCGCGGAGGGCCCCAGCGCCGCCCAAGCCCAACCCGACGACAAGGAGCAAAGUAAAGAGAUGAACAAUAAACUGGCUGAGGCGAAAGAGAGCCAGGUCCAUCCCACCAGUGACUCACAUAAGAAUCGAGGUCCUGUAGCCACAGAGUCAGACAAGAAACAAGGUCCCGUGGGCCUGGGGCCUCUGAAAGAUCAAGGCCCUGUGAUCCAAGAGCCACGGAAGGAUCAAGGCCCUGCUGUUCCAAAGUUUCUAAAGGAUCAAGCUCCUGCGGUCCCAAGGCCCCUGAAGGAUCAAGCUCCUGGGGUCCCAGGACCCCUGAAGGAUCAAGCUCCUGGGGUCCCAGGGCCUCUGAAGGAUCAAGCUCCUGGGGUCCCAGGGCCCCUGAAGGAUCAAGCUCCUGGUGUCCCAGGGCCCCUGAAGGAUCAAGCUCCUGGGGUCACAAAGCCUCUGAAGGAUCAAGCUCCUGGGGUCCCAGGGCCCCUGAAGGAUCAAGUUCCUGGGGUCACAAAGCCUCUGAAGGAUCAAGCUCCUGGGGUCCCAGCGCCUAUGAAGGAUAAAGGUUCCAUGGUUCCCACAGCAGUUAAGAAUCAAGAUCACACGGUCCCUGGGCCUUUAAAGAAUGAAGGUUCUGGGAUCUCAGCACCAGUCAAGGACCAAGGUUCCUUGUUUCCAGUGUCUCUAAAUAAUCAAAUGGUUCCAGCAAGAGUUAAGGAUCAAGGUUCCAUGGUACUAGAGACUCCAAAGGAUCCAGGUCCUGUGACCCCAGCACCUGUCAAGGAUCAGGGUCCUAUGGUCCCAGAGCAUCUAAAGGAUCGAAGUGCCAUGCUCAUAGCACCUGUAAAGAAAGAAGGUCCUAUGCUCUCUGAGCCUGCAAAGAACCAAGGUUCAGUGGUUCCAGAGCCAGUCAAGGGUCAGGGUGGCGUGACCUCAGAGCUUCUGAAGGGUCAUGAUUCUGUAGUUGUAAAGAAUCAAGGUUCUAUGGUCCCAGAACGAGUCAAGGAUCGGGGCACUGUGAUCCCUGAGCCCCCAAAGAACCAAGGUCCUGUGGUCCUUGAGCCUGUGAAGAAUCCAGUUCCUAUCAUCUCGGUGCCUCUGAAAGAUCAAGAUCCUCUAGUGCCACCACUAGCCAAGGACCAAGGUCCUGUGGUCCCUGGACCUCUGAAGACUCAAGGUCCAAGGGGCCCGCAGCUGUCCACUGUCUCACCUCCACCCCCAGUCACAAUCCCAACUGUCCCCCAUGCAGAAUAUAUUGAGAGCUCCCCUUGACACACACCCCUUGACACCAAGGAAAAAGGUGGCAGUGAAAGUGCUCCCUCCCCAGGGUAGCAAAGUCUCACAUUUAAUCUGCAUGAAACAGUAUUGUAUAGUCUUGCUGGAAUCUAAUAAAUCCCUCUGGCUUA